AUGAACACGGAAGAAGAAACCACCGAGGAAGAAAGCAAAACAUUGAGGAACUCUAACGAGUCGAAAAUCGCUAAAAAAAGAAAAUUGCACGAAAUAGGGGAUGGUGAAGAAGAGGACGAAGCAGCAGUGGGAGAAAAAGAUGGAAUAGAAACCCAAGUGGAUGUCGAAACAAUAGGAGAAAAUAAUGAAAAAAGCUAUAAACUGAAGAAGGAAAAAAAGAAAAGAAAAAUUUUAAACAUUUUUAAUAAUAUAUUCAGCUGGAUUGUGAGUAAAAAUGUGAAAAUUCCAUCGAAAGAAAUCGAAUGCAAGGAUGAAGUUAAUUUUUUUAAUUUCAAUAAUGUCUUGUCGAAACAUUUCGGCUCAAAGGUUCUGUUCGUAACUGACGAAUCGAUUAGUAAAUCUGAAAAUUUAAUGAUCGAAGAUAAAAUGGGAUGGGUAACCAGAAGAAGAAGGGAUGUAGGACAUGAAUGGUUAAUCCUGAAACUAAAAUAUCCAAGUAUUAUAUAUGGAAUAGAAUUAAAUUUUGAAAACAUAGAAGAAGAUAUAUGUCCGCAUUUAUCAAUAGAAGUUGUUGAUAAUGCUUGUAUAGAUGAUAUAGUCAAAGAAGAAGAAUACAUAAUAAAUGAAGCAGAAGAUAAAGAACAAAAAGAGCAAAAAGAGCAAAAAGAACAAAAAACUAUAAAGAGAAAAAGUUAUAAUUUUCUAGAAUCCUAUAAAAUAGACAAAUGCAUAUCAGAUAUUUUAGAAAAUCAAAAUACACCAUGGGUUGAAUUACUUCAAGCAGAUUGUGUAGAUUUUCUCAAAUGUUAUAAUAAAAAAAAAAUAUAUUAUUUUAAAGUUAAUGAUCAAUCAUUAAUUAAACCAUGGACACAUAUAAGAGUAAAUUUAUAUCCAGAUGGAGGUAUAAAUAAAAUAAAAUUUUAUGGAGAAUUUGUUUCCUUAUUUAAAAAACAUACCACUUUGUCAAAACAAAAAGUUUUUUUAAACAAACCUGAAAAUGGCUGUACUUUAAUAUAUCAUCAAUGUGAUGAUACAUACAAAGGACACCCAAAAAAUAUUAUCGAUUCGUACAAAACGGAUGGGUUUGCAACAAAAAGAUUAUUUAAUAGACCACCAAUAAUUUUACGAACGCUUACCUAUAACUCUAUUAAAAAUGUUUCCAUUUUUAAAUUUGGUGUUAGGGGUAUUAUUGAAAAUUUUACUUUCGAUAUAGGAAAUUAUAAACAUGAUCAUCCAGAGUACAUCCAGAUUUACUUACUAGAUUGUAUUGAUAUUCUCACUUUAGAUUUGUUAGAACAAAAAAGGAUAUUUGAAGAAGAUGAAAAAUUAGAAAAAAAAAAAAUUGACUGGCUUCAGCUACCACCAUGUAAACUAGCAAAUGACCAAAAAAAAACAUUUUACAAUUUUAAUUUGCUCGAAUAUAAUUUUACUAUUAUGGAAAGAACAGCAACACAUUUUAAAAUUUCUCUACAUCCAGAUGGAGGAAUAUCCCAAGUGAAUGUUAUCGGCACGGUUUUGUCUACCCCUUCCUAA